AUGACAGGUUCUGCACGAAACUCUUCACUGCCAUGUCCAUUUCAAAAGGCCGACCAGCUGAGCAGUGACCUUGACGGGUCGCAGGACUGCCUACCAGGCCAUCCCCGGAUCAAGCUCAGCGACCAGAAGAGUCUGUUCCACUUUAUUCGGCAAGAAGUCUGGGCGACGGACCUCGAAACAAUAUCGAGCAAACUGUGGUGGAUGUCGAAGCAGGAUAACGGCAAUAUCUCUCCGUUGCAUCGACAGAUGGUCAAGGGGCGGAAGAUCAUCAUCACGGAGGAUCCUCGCCUUCAUCUCGUCUGGAUCGAUGAUCGGAUUUUUGUCAAGCCUCUCCCCCAAUACUUGGCAUGCUAUUCAUUUUGGCAUAAAUAUUUAAGCAAUCCAUCUCAGCACGAUGAUAUCAUCAAUCUCAGAAAGGCUGCACUCGGCUACUUGCGAUCUUAUCUUUACCUGAUCCAGCAUGAGUCGGAUCUUCGCAUUGCUCAAGAUGCGGCUCUCUGUCUGGUACCCAAGGAAGUGACCUGGUAUCAAUUUUGCCAUUUUACUGCCAAUCUCAACGACGUCACCGACAACGAGGUUUCCGGACGAUAUCAUUACGGAGAAAUUCGACUUACUCGACUCAACUACUAUGCGCUAAUUCUUUUAGGUAGAACACGUUAUCAACGAGUGGAUUAUCAGUAUCGGGCGUACUUCGCACGGAUCCAAGGUCUAAUUCUAUGUGCGUUCGCCUUUCUUUCGAUUUUGCUGAAUUGCAUGCAAGUCAACCUGGCCGCAGCAACGUUAGAAGAAAAGUAUACGACUAUCGCGAUGACCGAAGUCUGCUAUUGGAUCAGCCUCAUGAUCGCAGUUGGAACAUGCUUCCUUUUACUGAUACUGGUGCAUCUCUUCAUAUUCAAAAUUAUCAGGGAAUGGAGAUUUGCUGUACACAAUCGUCUAGCGGGGAGAAAAGAGCAACAGAAGUUAACAUCAAAUGGCCUGCAUGUGUAA